AACGUAAAAAUCUGGCUUCACGUGAUUUUCACCGUGUUUGGUUACAGCGAGGUAAUUAAAAAAGAGCUCAUGAGGCUCGUGACAGCACUCGCUUAGAGCUUAAACGCUUCAAACCAUUCUCAGUUUGCAUUAUAUAGAACAAACAAUCAACCUUUCGAGCGGUCGAAAAAAGCGCCUAACAUUGCGCAUGUGCGUACAGCGAGAUAAGACAAGAGAAGAAAUAUGACCCGUAUGGUUAUGUAAAUAGAGGCUAUAAUAAACGUAUCGUUGGUGGGCUGUACGAUCGACUAUUCAGAGAAAUUGGUGGCAGUUUAUCCGUUCUGGCGGCGAGUGAUGCCGCGCGGAUGGGCGGCGCGGGUUGGACGCGUGAGGCUCGCGUAGCUGACGACACAGACUUUGAAACCUUGAAACAUCUUCUUGGUUCUGAUGAUGGAUGGAAUCUGGAGUACGAAAAGGACGGCGUCAAGGUUUGGGCGGAAGACGCCGCUCACGGAGCCCUCCGCACCGUUAAGGUGGUUGCAGAGUUUGAGGAUGUGGAACCGGACGCCUUGUACGACGUUCUUCACGACCCUGAGUACCGGUCUGUUUGGGACACACACAUGUUGGCAGCAGAAGACGCAGGUCAUAUCAAUGUCAAUAAUGAUGUUGGUUACUAUGCGAUGUCGUGUCCAGCGCCGCUCAAGAACAGAGAUUUCGUGCUGCAGCGCUCGUGGUUGGACACAGGCGACGAGAAGAUGAUCCUUAACCAUUCUGUCUUCCACAAAGAUUACCCGCCCAGAAAAGGGUUUGUCAGAGCCCUUUCUUUGUUGACGGGUUUCGUUGUACGAAGACGAGAAAGUCCAGGCAGUUGGCUCGGCUAUGUGUCUCGUUCUGAUCCUCGAGGCGCAUUGCCUGCCUGGUUGGUAAAUAGAGUAACUGCUCAGCUAGCUCCCCGCUUGGUGAAUCAACUACACACCGCCGCUCGUCGUUACCCUGGGUGGAAGGCACUCACAGAUACGCCGUAUUACAAACCUUGGAGACACCCUGAACAGGUCCCACCAUAUCGGAUUAAUUUAGAAGAUUGCAUUGACCCCGAUGCUCCGCCACCACCACCAGAACCGAAGCCAAAUACUUCAAAGACUAAAUUAGAGGUACCCCAAGUAAAGGAGACGGAAAGCCACAGUAUUGAAGACUUAGGAGACAUAUCAUCUGAGUUUAGUGUCGAAGUGGAGGAAUUCUCAGAACUCUCGCUUGACCCGACAAAGAAAAAAGGCAAGUUCUACAAAUUGGUCAAAUCCAUGAAAAAUAGAAGAAAAAGUGUCCAAGUUGCCAAAAGUGCUGAUAGUCUUGUAGAUGGUAAAAGUUCCGAAGAGAAGCAUGAAAAGAGGAAAUCGUUUAAAUUUCAUCGUCGAUUUAGUCUCAGUAGAGGUCGAGAGGAUUAGUUUAUAUUUCACUAAAUAGAGAAAUAAAUUGUAAAUGGUUAAUUCAGACAUACAAGGUCGACUUAAAUUCGGCUAAU